AUGGCUUGGGAACAUCUGAGCAUCGACAAGCCGCACUUGGUCUACAUCAUUCUCGGCGGCUUCACCAGUCUGUUCAUGUUAUGUUCGUCCCUCAUUAAAGAAAAACUAUACAUCGGCGAGGCCACCGUCGCCACCAUCUGUGGUAUCAUCUUCGGCCCUCAUGCCGCCAACCUCAUCGACCCCAGCACAUGGGGAAAUGAGGACCGCAUCACUCUGGAGUUUGCCCGUAUCGUUUUGGUCGUUCAAUGUUUCGCUGUAGGUGUCGAACUGCCAAAGUUCUACAUGGAGCGUCAUUGGCGAUCUGUUACCCUUCUCCUCAUUCCCGUCAUGACAUUCGGAUGGCUCAUUACUAGUCUUUUCAUCUGGGCUCUUGUCCCGCCACUCAACUGGCUUGACAGUCUUUGCUGCGCUGCUUGUGUCACUGCUACUGAUCCCGUCCUUGCUUCUUCCGUCGUUGGUAAGGGCAAGUUCGCCCAGAGAGUCCCCAAGCAUUUGAGAGAUUUGCUAUCUGCUGAAUCUGGUUGCAACGACGGCAUGGCCUUUCCGUUCAUUUACCUGGCUAUCUACAUCAUUCGCUACCACCAUCACCCCAACGAAGUUGCUCUCGAAUGGUUCUGCGUUUCAAUUCUGUACGAGUGUGUUUUCGGCGCUAUCUACGGAGUCAUCAUUGGCUACAUUGCUCGCCAUGCUGUCAGAUAUGCACACGAACAUAAUUUGAUUGAUCGUGAAUCUUUCCUGGUCUUCUACUUCGUCUUGGCCCUGUUCUGUGCUGGUUCCGGAUCCAUCUUGGGUGUGGACGAUCUGCUCGUUGGAUUUGCAUGCGGAGUCGGCUUCAGUAACGAUGGUUGGUUCACAGAGAAGACUGAGGAAUCUCAUGUCUCCAACGUUAUCGACUUGCUCAUCAACUUGGCAUUCUUCGUCUACUUCGGCACCAUCAUUCCCUGGGCUCAGUUUGACUCUGAGGUCAUCGGCCUGAGUGCUUGGAGAUUGGUUGUCAUCGCAAUUCUGGUUCUGCUGUUCCGUCGUAUACCUAUCAUGCUUGCACUAAAGCCGAUCAUUCCCGACAUUAAGACAUGGAGAGAAGCGCUGUUCGCCGGACAUUUUGGUCCCAUUGGUGUCGGUGCAAUCUUUGUCGCCAUUCUCGCUAGAGCCGAGCUCGAGACUGAGACCACAACACCACUUGGAGAAUUGCCCGAGCCUGGCUUCGAACAUUUGAAUAUCAUUGAACUCAUUUGGCCCAUCACAACGUUCCUGGUCAUCACUUCGAUUUUGGUUCACGGAUCCUCAAUUGCUGUCUUCACACUCGGAAAGCACAUCAACACUCUCACUCUGACGAUGUCCUACACUCAAGCUAACGACCCAUCAUGGAUGGACCGUCUUCCUCGUAUCCAGUCGCGUUCCAAAACAUCCAUGUCUCAACAGAGACCUGAUGACACGGACGACACGCUCGCAGAGAAGGGAGAGUAUGGCGCUUUUCCUCCAAACUUCCUUCGUCGCCAACGUGAGGAUGAUACUCCUGCACGCCCCCUGAGCAGACGCAGGUCACGAAAGUCUCAAUACGGCGCCGGUGGGCCUAUCAGUGAAUCAGCCAUCAGACCUCAACGCUCCGACAGCGAGAAGCUCGAGGAGUCCACUUCUCGUAGCGAGUCUGAUGCUUCGCCGACUUCUGGAAAUGGCAAGCCACCAUUGGGUCCUGCCAAGCGCGACGAUGAUGAGCCUGACGAAGAAGGUGAGCCUGAAGGUGAAGUCUAUGAAGAGGGUGGCGAGACUGUCUAUGAAGAUGAAGAAGGCAAUGUCCUUGCUGUCAGGAAGACUCACGCAGGCGACACCGACGAACAACGGGAGAAACGUGAAAGAGACGAACUCAAGCAAUUGAUGCACGAUCAGGAUAUUCACCACGGUGUUGCCCGCAGAAAGGACAAUCACACUGAAAGUGAGAAAGGAGACGUGAUGCACGAAUUCAAGAAAGCUGGCGCUGAAGGAAUGCAAGCAAUGGAACACCCUCANAAAGAAUGGCGCAAGAAGAUGGCUCAUCUCGGAGGCCUUCGUAAGAAGGAGGAUCAUGGUGACAAGCCGACUGCCAAGAAGCCUGCACCCAAGCGAGGUCCUGCACGUGCUUACCAAUUUGGUAACACUAUCAUCGUGGAAGAUGAAGACGGUGAGGUUCUGAAGAAGUACGACAUCGAGGCUCCACCCAAGAAAUCGAAGCAGGCAAAGGAAGGAGAACCCGGCGCAUCGGCUGAAGGUCCCAAGCCUGCAGGCCCUACUAGACGUGGUCUCGCUCGCAUGGGAACUGCUUUGAGCAUCACAGGGCGUAAGGCCGAUGAGACGGAGCAAGGUGCCUCCAAUGCCAGGGAGGAGAAGAGAAGGAAGAAGGCUGAGCAGGAGGCGGAGGAUGAUGAGCGCCUGCGUUUCACUGUUGGUGCCGGUGGUCAAAGGAUGAGCAAAGCCGAGUUUGUCAGACAAAUAUCGAGUCUCAACCCCAGGCAGCGUGCUUCGAUUGUUGAGGACAGCGAUCUGCCCGAAGCCAUCAAGAGGGAAGCACGAGAAGGCGCCAANAAGGGCAACGAGGAUGCUAUUCCUCAUCGCCUGCAGUCAAUGCCUGAGAACAGACCUGUCAGAUUGUCCAGCAGAGAUGCUGGGACGAGCCUCAAAGGCGAGUCUCCUGCAGUCACUGGCGAAUCUGACUUGACGGACAACGCCAAGGUCAAGAGAAUGCCGAGUCACGCAGACGCUCCCUCCGGACCCGAAGGCCUGACUCUGGUUGAUUCAAACGACGAAGUUGUACCUUUCCACGAUGUGACCGGUGAUCUUCGCAGAUCAAGCGGUGCUGGCGAGACACCAGCUGAGAAGCGACGCAGAGAAGCACGCGAGCGCGCACAACAAUCACACCGGGAUACCAUCGAAGAGGAUAGUGAAGACGAUGGCACUGCCAGGGUUCCGCCCGCUCGUCCACAAGCAGAGGCUCGCUAUCCGUCUGACGUCGAGACCGAAACAGCCGCUGAACGCCGCCGCAGAGAAGGAGCACUUGCAAGAGGUGUAGAAACCGAUUCGGAAUCUGAUUACUUCAGCCGUCCCCGCGACGUCCGAGUCGCAAGCGGCAGCGCACGCCCUGCCAAAUCUCGCCUAGACUCCGAUACCGAAGGUGAAACAGCUGCAGAGCGCCGACGUAGAGAAGGUGCUCUUGGUAUCACCAUGAGGAGGACGACAGCGAGGACGAAGACAACNGAACCUCGCCAGCCGCCAACCAACAUCAGAUUUGCUGAGCCACAGAGGCCUCAGCAAGCUGCCAACUCUACCACCAGCCGGACCAGUCGUCUGCGCUGGGGCAAGAACAGAAAAGAUUGA